UCUGUCUCAAGGAUAGAGGUCCUGUCAUGGGUGUACUGCAGAUCCGGAGAGGCACGGCCUUGUUGGCCGAUCCCGAAGGAGAGGUUUACUUAGACACAGGGAUUCUUGGGAUAGAGGGAGGACACGAGAUCUGCGACCGGAACGGGAUACUGGAAGUGGUAAUCAAGAGAUCAAACCGAGAUGGAUAUAGGGACGACAAAUACGAGGGAUCGGACCGAGACGGAUAUAGGGACGACAGAUACGAGAGGUCGGGUCGAGAUGGCUACAGAGGUGGUAGGUAUGAAAGAGGAGAUCGGAACUGGAAACGACAAGAUGGGUCGCGCGGACGGUUUGAGCACGGGGGAGAUGCGAGAGAGCAGCGCGACGAGUCGCGGGGAUGGUACAACCGAGGGGACCGCCGGAAUGAUUCGCGAGGGCGGUAUGAGCAAGGAGGGUCUGGAGGAGACCGCCGCAGCGAUUCGCGCGGUCGGAAUGAGAGAGGGGGAUAUGGCGUCUCAUCAGAACCAUAUCGCAAGUCGCCUGACCCCAAGGCAGCCAGGAGUUCGAUCUCGAGAAGCGCAGACGACAGGCCAUCUACUCCCAGGAACUCAUGCGUCUACAGUAGAGGAGAAUAUCAUAUCAAGAGGGAUUGCCCGGACCUCAAACGGGCAAUAGAUGAGGGACUUAUCGUGCUUGACGACCGCAAGUACGUCAAGUGGGCAGAUGGUCUGGAAGAUGUAUCGAUGUUCCCUUUGAUGAAGGAGAAUGUAGAAGCAAGGAGAGUAAAGCCGAGUGAAGAAAAGGAACUGGUCAGGAGCCAGAGCAUCAAGAUAACCUUUGAGGGGGAUAUCGCGACCACACCCAUAAGGGUGGCAGCCACCAAGUCGUCGAGAGGGUCUACAUCGAAGAAGACUGACACAGAUUAUGUGAUGACGGAGAAGGACAGGCAGCGGGUCGAUGAAGAGGAGGUUAUCCUUUCGCCGCGAAAGAGGGGAGUGAAGAAGUUCUUAACGAAGAGUUCGCUGGACGAGAUUGACACGGUCGAGCCAGUGAGGCGGGCCCUUCGGCAACCCAUGCAGUGCUUUAUUCUUGAGUACCUGGCGGCAUCGAAGCCGGCUCGUGAUGAGUUACAGAUGAUCACGCGGAAGACUCGCAUACCUCUAUCGGAGGAGGGUCAGGGGGCCCCUAAGGUGGAAGCUCCUACAGUAGCAGUAACGGGGGUGACUGUCACAGUCGAUCGCAUGGCGACAGCCCUUCUCGAUGGAAUGGAAGGUGUGCCUCCAGACAAGUUUUAUAUACUUGGUAGCGGGGCCGUGGAGACAAUUAUAAACGAUGGAGCGAUACUCGAUGUUGUGAUCGAUAACGGCAAUGAGGCUGUCAUCAUAGACGAGGACAUGGCAGUACAGGUUGGACUGGGCCUCGAUAGGUCAUACCUAUUCGAGAUAGAGACGGCUGAUGGGAGAAAGCAACAGAUCACUGGGGUUUGUCACAAGGCAGCCAUAGAGGUCCAAGGGGUACGAGUGACCCUGCCUGUCUUUGCAGUCAAGAACUGCAGCUCCGACCUGCUCUUGAAUCGAACGUGGCUGAGCCACGUGCAUGCGGUGACGAUAGAGCGACCUGAUGGGAGUCAAACAUUGUCCAUUAGGAAGCCAGACGGGACGCGGGUAAUGAUUGAGACAGUGGAGCCUCGGGACCCGAGGAACAGAGCGGCUCUUGCUGUGGGUGGGAGACCCAGUGAACAGAUUAAGUCGUUACCUAUCUCCGGUCGCACGGUGCAAUUUCGCGAGAAGAAAUAUGGACCACUGCUCACAGAGGAAGAAGGUCGGAUCGUGGAGGUGGAAGAUUUAGGGAGUCGGCUAAUAGUGGACGGCAACUCGUACCCAAAGGAAAAAGAUGAGGAAUUUGGCAGUGUGGUAUCCGUGUCUUUUUUAAGGGCAAGGCCCCCUAUGGGGGGUUACCCAAGCGACACAAGCGAGUAGCUCAAAAAGUUAAGCCAGCGGCG